UCUUGGAAAAAGCUCAGUGUUCAUUUGAGUGUUCCAAGACUGUGGAAUAUAACACAAGCUUAUGGUGGAAUUAUGGCACAAAAUGAAACACAUCCCAUUUUGGAGAUACUAAAGUCUUUCAAUCUAGGCGAUAUGAUUCUCGCCUUCUGUCUAUCUGUGCUUGUGGGCCUUCUGCUGGGUGCCAUGGUCUACGUCCUGCUGACCUGGGCUUCCAGGCGGCAGGCCACCGCCAAGAUCACCAGACGGUCUAAAAAGCGGUCUUCGAGAUCACAAAACCCCUCAGGCGGCCAAAUUGGCCUUUACAGGAGCACUUUUCUGAGUGUCUACAGGCAGCCGUCUCUGGAGCCAGUGGGACCUCUGGGGCUGAAGCCCGGCAUAGAGACCUCCACCUUUCGCCCACAGGCCAAGAGGAGCAGGGCGAGUCUGGAGGGGAUGGGAGAGGACACUCAGGCCAACAUGUCUGAGGACACGGCAGCCUCAAACUCAUCAGAUUCAGCAUCCCUUGUGCCAAACAAGAGGCACUCCUUCUGGUUGGGCGGCAAUGGACUAAAAGGAUUCCUGCCCUCACAGACUCCCCCUCCGGCAUAUGACAGUGUCAUCCACGCCUUUGAAGAAACAUGCACCUGAGUGUGUCCAUGUUAAACAACAAGAACUGAAGAGGGAGAAAAAUACUCUGGGAUUACAUAGGACUCUCUGUCCCCGCUUUGCUCUUAAAAAAGGAACAGAUUUUUUGAGAGAUCACACCUUUUUGUAACACCUUCCAGUUUAAAGCAGACUAUCCUGACUGAAUAAGAAGCCUCAGCAGCUCAGUAUUAUAUUAUUACACUUCAAUCUAGGGUGCAACUAAUGUCAGUUUUUACAACAGAUUAAUGUGUAUAUUAGUCCCUCUAUUCAUUCAUUCACUGUUUUCAUCCAUAAGUCACAAAAUAUAAAAGAAAAUGUCCCUUGUGAUGCCUUCAGAUGUCCUUUUUUGACCAAAAUUAAAGAGUAUUUUGGUACACAAUGAUAUAAAAUAGAAGUAAGUAGCAUACCCUUUAUAUGUUUGGCAUAUUUGCUGUAAAGUGGACUCAAUCAGUCUUGUACUAGCUCAUUGCAGUGCUAAUAUAUAGUAGUAUUUUGUAACAGCUGCUGAGUAUCACAUGAUGUACAGAGAGCCUGAGGAUAGAGUUAGUUUGAUCACGUGAAGAGGGAAACACCAUGUGAUUGAUUAUAUAUCUUAUAUUACAAUAAAAAUGUUUACGAUUUUA